AAAUGCAAAACUGAGGCCGAGUACUCCUCUAUAAAAAAAAAAAUUGAGAAAGAUUACGACCGAAAGCAAAGGCGACAAGGCUCCUGUGAAAGUGGCCCUGCCAUCUCAAGCAUGAAAUAAAUCUCAUAAUAUCAGCGGAGCGUCCGCCGUAGACUGCUGAGGUUUUCCUACGACGUGAUUGGCUGCUCUGGUCCUCCAUGCGAGCGGCUUUAGAAUAAAAGUAAAACGCCGCCUGUCAGCUUUAAAGCGUUUUGAACCCGGAGACUCAUACAGCAGCAGCAGCAGCAGCCUGGUGGGGUUUUAUUUCAGCAUGUCCUCAGACAUUAACACGGACUUGGACUUGGAGCUGGGUGAGUUGCUGCAGGAGUUCCAGGAUGUGGUGGAGGAGCUGAAGGCCCCUUCUCAGAGCAAACCUCACGCUUACCAGCACGUCCUACACGUGGCCAAAAACCGUGCGGGACUGGGAGAUGACAGCGGGGUUGAGGACUCGGAUUACAGCAGUGAAGCUUCUAUGGGAAACAGUUUGAAUACCAGCGAGGAGGAGCUUCACACAGCAGGCAUAAUGCUGGCACCAAAAGCCAAGCUGGGAGACACAAGGGAACUUGAGAGUUUUAUCGACAUGUUGGACCGGGAACUUGCUGAAAUGUGAACAGAGAGAGAAAGUGAGCAGGGGAAACAGGCCGGGGGCGACAUAGUUGGCUACCGCCAAGCAGAAAGGCAAAUCUACACCAGAGCAGAUCUGAUGGAGCAAAUGCUCCCUUUGCCGCUCCAGGGGAAAAGGUUAACAUCAGAAAUUAAAAGGGCAGUCCAUUCUGAAAUGCAAGAACACCCUCAGACCUCUGGCGAUGCUGUGUCCAGCCGGCGAGACGACGCCCCUGCAGCAUCAGAUCCAAGAUGUGUGACAUAUUCCCGAAACUAGACAAAGCUUCCAUCUGUCCAGGCCUAUGAGAAAACACUGCCUAGAGUACACAAAGCAUAUUUAUGCCACACUUAAAAUUCCCAUAAGGGUUUUGCCAGUAAAGGGCCCUAAAUCUUUAUCACCAUUUAUUUUUAAAGAAGCUUUGUCUAGUUCAAAAUUACAAAAGGCACUUUAGUUUUAAAAUAAUUUCAAGGUCAAGGGGUUCAGAUCUGCUGUUUUAUCAUUAAAUGUCAUUUAAAUGCUGACGUAUCCAGUGUACAGUUCUUGUUUAUAUUCUUUUUUUAAAUAUACGUUUUUGUACAGAUGAGUGCAAAUAUAAAUAAAGCUACAUUUUGAUUUAAUUUCA